AUGGCAUCAGAAGACUAUCAAGAAGAGGAUGCUUUUUGCUUCAAUGUAGGAGGCUGGUUCUUUUCAAUUCCAAAGUCAAAGCUUUUACAGUUCCGUGAUUCAGUGCUAUGGCAGGAAGCUUCCAGUCUUGUUCAUUCUGAAGAUGCCAGACUUUUCAUUGACCGAGAUGGAUAUACUUUCCGCCAUGUGCACUAUUAUUUGCACACAUCAAAGCUGUCUUUUACCUGCCUUUCAGAAAUUAGUUUGUUAUAUGAACAAGCAACAGCAAUGUGUCUGACUUCUUUACAACAGGCUUUGGAUAACAUGAAAGAAAGUAAGCAUCAUUUACGCAUACGGACUGAAGAUGUACCAGUCACUAAAAGAGCAAGCAGGAAUUAUUGGAGAACACGAUGUAACAGUAAACCCUCAGAGUUCCAAAUUAAAAGUCCAGCAUUUACAGGAUUACCUGACAAAGCUCCACUGGGGCUGAUUGACACACCAUUAUUGGAUACUGAAGAAGAGGUGCACUGGUAUUUUCUUCCUUUAGACCUAGUGAAGAAAUACCCUAAUUUAAUCAAUGAUGAUAAUCUACUGUGGCUGUGUGAGGGAGUUGUCCUCAUAGAAAUUGGAUGGAGUAAUUUCCGAUAUAUAGCAAAUUUCCUUCAGACGGGAAAGUUUCUUGUGCCUGACAAAUUUUCAGAAAUAGAUGUUCUUGUGACUGAGAUGGAGAUGCUUCAAAUUCCAGAGCUCAUCAAAGCUGUGAAAACAUAUAGGUCAGAUAUAGGUGGUAGCUCCAAAGAUGUCUCUAUCCCUGUCAGUUCUAUACGUCAUUCUGAAGGAGAUUGUAACAAUUUAUGUGAAAUAACAGAUAAACCGUUAUAUGUCCUUGUCCUGGAAUUGUUAGUGAAGUACCCAGAUUCAGCACUAGGACAGCUUUCCAUUGAGAGCAGCCUUGAUGGGAUGAAGCUAUAUAUUUUUGGCAAUGGAGUUCUUUUUAAACAUGUCAGAAGCUGGUUAGGAACAUGCCGUCUACCAUUGACUGAAGAUGUAUCUCAGAUGUGUGCAGUUUGUGUAUUUCUGGAUCAACAUGACAAUCUGUAUCAGCCAGUAAAAGAUGCCAUGCGACUCUACCUACAACCAAACAAUCUAAGUCCCUUAGGUUCUUUGGAUGACAGCUGGGCUGCUGAUGUAGACAGCCACACUCUUCAUCAAAUAGUGAAGGUUUAUGUGGGAAACUAUUGGUAUGCCACUUAUCUGAAUACCUUCUUAAAGUAUCCAGAACUGCUAUAUAAUCGCAACAAAGCACAAUGGAUUUCAUAUGGCAAGACACUUUUCAUCAUUGGAGAUGGUCAGAUGUUCAGACAUAUUAUCAACUUUCUGCGGUUCGACAAACUAUAUAUUCCUUCGGGAUUCAAGGAAUGGCCAUUACUGUGUCAAGAAAUAGAAGAAUGUAAAAUUCCUGCACUUUCUGAAGCAUUGUUUCACUGUGAACAGUACAGAUUGUGGUUAACAGAAAAUGAGACAGAGCCAUUCAGUGCAGAAAAAGUUGACAUUACUGCAGAAACCAUUACUUCAGUUUCUUCUGCAGAAAUUCAAGCUAGCUUUGAAGAAAAGGAAAGUUUGUUAAAUCAUGUUGCGCAAAAGGAAGACACAAAUAAUGCUGUAACUGAAAUAGAUCAAUGCAGAUUGACCAGUUGGAACUGGAGCAAUAAGCCUGUUCCUCAGACACGAAACAUGACCAUGGAUUCAGCUCCUAAAAACUGCAGCACAACUAUUUCACCUCAUAAAGCAAGGAAAAGCAAAUUAAACACAUUUUGUGUUGGAGAGAAGCAGGUCACUGAGGAUUUGUAUACUUCAAGCAAUGAUGUAGGUUUUGAUGAUUCAGAAAGUCCACCCAGAAAAAAAACAGUCAAGCCACAUCAUGAUGGACAGUCUGAAAUAAUGACAUCAGUGGAGCAGUUAAUAUCUCUGGUUAAGGGAUGGAAGAAUAACAAUAUGGAGAAAGUUGGAUUUUUGCCUACUGCCGGUUCUAAAGGAAAACGAUUCAGUAAGACAAUGGAUCAUAAUGAUUUUGAUUGCUGGCCACGGGACUCUGGAUUUAUCAUAAAGGUUCACCAUCCACUCCUCCUGGGAAACGAUGGAUACUCUGUGUUUUACACAGAUAGUGUGCUAUACAUGAAGCACUCUACUGACAUAGGUUUAGCAUCUCUCACUUUUAACUUAUCACAUGAAGAAAUAUUUUAUGCCAGGGAAUGUAAUCAUUUUUUGACUGGAAUCAUCCUGGAUUCAUAUACUUUGAAGGAUCCUCAACAAAUAACAUGGGAAAUACUGCAGCUAGUAAACAUUCUUUGGACAGAAGAAAUAACACCAGAAACAUUUGUGUCUAAGCUGCUAAAUCUAAAGGUUUUCAAGAACCAAAAACAGUCACAUGAAAAGCUGGUUAAAUGGUUAACGCUGGUGUACAACAAAAAGGAGAUGGCCAUGAGUCAAGAAAGUAUGCCAAAUCUCCGAAUUAUGACCCCUUGUGUGAAGCAGGCAGUGGAGCUGGCAGGUCACAUGAGAAAACCAGAGAAGAAACAUUGCUUGCACAUCUGA